CAACGCUUUGCGGGCCAUCAAAGUACCUGUGGCAUAUCCUAGGCGGCGGCUUGUGUUCAUAGGGUCGCUGUGUAGGCGGAGCAGAGACAAGAAGGCAUGAGCCUUUUACGUGUAACCUCGAUUGAAAUAAAGUUUAGGUCUCUUCUGUGUGGCAGACACAGUCCGCUGCUGUCAGACCAGCUUCUUUGUCCCCGCCGAACGAUGCCCGCGCAGCAUACCUGUGGCCAGGCCUACCUGGAAACAAGCAAAAUCAAGAACAAACCUCCCUAAAAAAGGCCUUUCCGGAUUCUCAGACAAGUCGGGCGAGGCAGAAACGAGAAUAGACAGGGACUGCAAUAUGGCGAUGUGGGAU